GGCGACUUCGUGCCGUCUGAACCACAAAAUAUGUUCCGGAAGCGGGUGAUUUACGUCACGGACCUUUCCGUGCGUACACCCUUAACAUUCAUUUUUAGUUUGUGUUCCGUUAGAGCAGACUGGUGGUGAUUUACCCACCCAGCUUCCCGCAAAUUAUUCCUGGUCUCAGCCAUUGGUGGGUGAAGGAUGUAACGCUUAGAAGGUAUCACGUACUACUAGAAACAUGGCUUUUGAGCACUCUUCGUCUCAUCUUACCAUCUGUUUCACUGUCUAUCUUUUCGCCCUGGGUAGAACUGCUUCUCCAGAUUCAGCAAUAGACGACCCUGCCUUCGCCGACCCCGGAUGUCCGCAUUCCUUCUACCCUGAAGCCUGUGAAGAGACGCGUGAGCUUUGCAUCAAUGAAGCCAAGGACCUCGUAGGCGUGGUCCAAACCGCUUUGCAUCAAUUGCAAGACAAGAAAUAUAAGACUCACUUGAAAUAUUUCCCCAAAGCACUCGGUGUUUCCAUUGAAGAGACGCACUUUCAGGGACUCAAGCACCUCCAGCUCAAUGAGGCGAUGUCGAGUGCCUGUACCGCAGACGGACCUGCUGUUAGUUUCACACUGGCCACGUCGGAGCCGCUCGGUAUAAAGUUUACGAGUAAAAAGUGCUUGGGCAAAUCGGCAAUCACUAUUUCAUCGCAGAGGGCUCUUAUUGGAGGAUCUGUUACGAAGAAAUGUACCGAAAAGGACGUCUCAGGUGCUAGUUGUACCUAUGAUGUUGAAGUGGAUGUUGUUGAAGCAGACAGCGCUACAAUCGAUCUUUCUGGUGUAGAUGAUGAAAGUAAAAGUAUUAUGGAUGGUCUGAAGGCAAAGCUUUCAGAUCGAGUUGAGUAUGCCUGGAAAAGGUUGGUGAAGGACUUGCUGGAAGACGUCUUAGCCAAGCAGUUGAAGUCUGGUGCGAAGUAGUCUUCAUUGCUGGCUGGGUCUCGAAGCGAUAUACUGGACGUUAAAUGAACGAAUCGUGGCAUUA